AUGUUCCGGAUAUUUGCGAGUAGCAACUUUGCUUCUGGUGUACUCGACCAUGGUGGAAUAUAUAUAGACCCCUCAGCGGAACAGUACGGCCGAGCACAGGGACUUCGUCCGGUAGCGACCUACCCACAAGAUGAUAGUCUUCGAUGCGCGGACGAAGAACAUGAGGAAGUCAUUGGCCAGCAGUACCGCGCGCAUCUCGCAAGGCUCCACGACUACGAUGAUUUGGGCGACCUCAGAUCUGAGGCUUAUAUUCGCACACUUCACAACAUCUGCUUCGAGGAGCUGCGCAAACGAGGAGGCCCAGCAAUCUUCCUUGGGAUCGACGACAUCGAAUUCGCAGCGGUCGAGCAGCAAGUCGUGGACACCGUUAAGGCGGGAUUAGACAGGGUGAGAAACAACUUUGACUGCAUCCUUUGGUCCGACACGAAUCCGUUGCGCUUCAGGGAAUACGAGAAGGUUACACGAAACUGUAUGGGUCAGGGUCAUAUGGCAGCACUUGAAGCCCUGGAGCAGAUGUCUGGAGCCCAGCUAGCUGGUGGAAAGAGGGCAGAUUCGUAG